CAAUGGGUAUUGAUGGGAAAAGGACACUCGAGUAGACCCGCUAAUUUUUGCUCCUUUUCCGGCACGUUAUGAUGCACAUUGAAGUUCCAGACGUGGGCGCAUAAAUAAACAGGUAACAUGCAAUGGCAGAUUUGUUCUUCAUAUUGUGCAAGAUGCAACACUGGCAAAACAGUGAGGUGAGAGAGCUUCUCCUGAUUUGAGGGGAACAGGAAAUAAGGAGACAGGUUUCUGGCACUGUGGGAGACGCUGCGAUAUACAGCAAUGUAUAAAAAAAACAAGUUAAGUUAUAAAUUAAAAUAUAAAUGAAUUAUAUAAAAUUAAAGGUGCUGAAGAAAAAAUAUCUUGCCAUUAAUGACCAAAAGAACAGAAGUGGAAUGGGACGUGUGGAUUGGCCAUUCUACGAGCUUUGCCAAAAUAUAUUUGGCAACUCUGCACUAGCCAACCCUGUUAGGCUCUCUAGUUCUUUAGCAACUAGUUCCUCAGCGACUACUUCUUCAGUGCCAUCUUCUCGCAACUUGGAUGUGGAGGACGAUUCCGAAAUAGAACGAGACACCAAAAGUGAAGCAAGAGCGGAGGCUACACAGGGUCUGGAAGCAGAUGCAGGUACGGAGGGUCUGAUCGAGGCUGGAUCAGCUGAGGAAGGUGGAUCGGAGACCACCAGGACACAGCCUUUACAAUCAAGCGGCUACAGUGUUCCGGCCAGAAGACGGAAGAGGACAAAGAUGGACCACGCUUCUGCUGCAAUAGCUACCUCCAUGGCAGAGCUACUGGAGGUGAUGGACAGAGCUGCAGCGGCACGCGACGAUGCAUGCAUGCAGAUGUACAUGGAGCAUGAGAGGAGUCUCUGGGAGAGGGUCAGCACCAUACAGGAGAGGAUUAGUAGAGAAGGUCGGGAGAAUCAGAGGUCACUCUUUGGGUUGUUGCUUUCCAGGCUCCCAGGCCCUGCACCACAGACUCCACAGCGACCACCACAUGCCAUUUCCCAGUAUGAACACAGCCAGUAUGAGCAAAAGUCUAUAUUUGUCUCAACCAGCUUAUUCAAUCACUCCAAGGAAACCUGAUGAGCACCUUACCUACAAGCAGUUAUAGUAUAGCUGUACAGAAGCCUUUUUCCCCCUUUUUAGUUGUAUCUCUUGAGUGCUGUUAUACAGUUUGUUACAAUAUAGUACUUGAAUAGUACUUACUAUAUUUUUUUUCUACUUGCACUGUUGUACGUUGUGUUUUAACUUGAUAGUUUAUAUUUUGCGUUUUAUAUACAUUUCAUAUUUUGUGUUACUUGAUUAUUGUUCUAUUGUAAUAUAAUUCUAUUUUUGGACACUUGAAUACUGGCUGAGGCCUUUGUUAUUAAGGAAAACUUAUUUGAUUAACGAAUAUGCUUUUGUCUUUUUCUAUAAAUAAAUGCUUUACA